AUGCCGAAACUCAGAGCUAUAGCCAAACGAACCAUUAUUGAUAGCAAAAAACUAGCUUGGCAGCACUUUACUAAAACAUUAACAACCUCUACUCCCCCAUCCGAAGUUUGGGGAAAAAUUAAAGCAAUGAAAAAUAUACCAGUACACAAAAACAUCAAAUUUUUACAAACUAAUACCCUAAACUUAACGGCAUCUAUAGACAUAGCAAAUGAACUUGGUCCGUUCUCACUCAUAGAUGAAGACCUAAGAGCAUUAAAUGAUGAAAUUACUAUUAGCGAAAUAAUGUUAAGCCUCAAUAAAUCCAAAAGCAAGAGUUGUGGUCCUGACAAUAUUCCUAUAGACUUUAUACGACACUUACCUACCCAAGGAAUUAACUUAAUAUUAAAAAUAUUCAACAAGCUCUAUCUGACCAACAAAUUCCCUAAACAAUGGAAAAAAGCAACAAUAAUCCCCAUCCUAAAAUCGUCAAAUAAUCAACAUACCACUGAAGGUUAUCGGCCUAUAUCGCUCCUAUGUGCAUUAAGUAAAUUAUUAGAAAGAAUAAUAAAUAACAGACUCAGUUGGUACCUGGAAAAAAAAAACCUACUUGAUGAAAAACAAUUUGGUUUCCGGAAACAAAGAAGUACCUACGAUUGUCUAACCAACAUUGAAACUGAAAUUCGCGACACAUUCGCUACAAAACAAAGUAUGAUACUUAUAUGUCUGGACAUAUGCAAAGCUUAUGAUACCGUAUGGCGGUACAAGGUGCUCACAACUUUAUACAACUGGGGGAUCCACGGCAACAUUCAUGCUUAUCUACAACAUUUCUUAUCAGAUAGAUCAUUCAUUGUAAAAGUUAACAACACGUUCUCUGAAAAAUUCACUCUAGUCAAUGGAGUGGUACAAGGCUCCCCCAUUAGUGUUACACUUUUCUUAAUUGCAAUCAACGAAGUCACCAAAAUAAUAAAACUGCUCACACAUAUCAACAUUUUUGCCGAUGACAUAAAUUUACACUGCAAAGGCAAAAAUAAUAAAUCCAUUUUAGAAAACAUCCAGCUUAGUGUAAAUAUCAUAAAUGAUUGGAGCAAAAAAAAUGGUUUCAGAUUUUCAUCAACUAAAUCCAAAUGCAUAGUUUUUUCUAAGAAAACAAAAAAAGCACUUAAACCAGAAAUAAAACUCAACAAUGUAGUUAUUCCCUUAGUCAAUAACAUCAAAAUCCUUGGAAUGACCUUCGAUAACAAACUGAACUGGAACAAGCACUUUUCAGUCUUAAAAACAAACACUUCCAAAACCACCAACAUAAUAAAAAUACUAGCGAAUAACAAAUGGGGUGCUCAAAGUAAAAUUCUUCACAAUGUUUACAAAACACUAAAUAGAUCUAAAAUAGAAUACGGUGCUAUCAUAUACGGCAGUGCAAAAUCAACAAGUCUAGAAAAACUCGAAACAAUUCAAAACAACAAUCUACGCCUAAUAACAGGUGCAUUUAAAAGCAGCCCGAUCAAAAGUCUUCUAUGCAUUACUGGGGAGAUAUCCCUAGAAAAAAGACGCAAAUUACUCGAAUUACAAUACGCAUUCAAAAUAGCCUCAUAUCUAAACAACCCGACAUAUAAUUCCUUAUUCAACAAAAGAUACAAUAAUGCAUAUUAUCUACAGACCAACAUAAACAAACCAAUUGGCAGACGGAUUGAAAACUUUUUUAAUGCCCAUAAUAUAAACCCAAAACAUAUAAUAAAAUCCGAAAUUCUGACUAAACCACCUUGGAGACCAAAUAAUUUUGAAAUUGAUUUUAGCUUUGCUGUAAACAACAAAGGAAACACCGCCCCCCAGUUAUUUAGAAAUCUUUUUAAAGAAAAAACACAAAACAGAGAUCAGGUAUUAGUUUUUACUGACGCAUCCAAAACUGAAAACAAUAUUGCAUUCGCAAUAAUAAUCAAUGGUUCAGAAUACAAAUUUAGAUUACCUACCCUAAACAGCAUUUUCACCGCAGAAGCCUUAACGAUCCAAAAAGUAAUCCAUAUAAUCAAGGAAAUGCCUAACAACACCUUUAACAUACUAACUGACUCUCUGAGUACACUUUUAAGUAUCCAAAACCCCCAAAAAAAUAACGAAAUUACCAAUAAUAUUAUUAAUCUUCUCAACAAUACUAAUAAACUUAUAACACUAACAUGGAUUCCUAGCCACACCGGAAUUGAAGGUAACGAAAGAGCAGACAUGAUGGCAAAACAAGCAACCAGUGAUCAAACCAUCGAAAUAUUGAACUUGCUUUCUAAAAAUGAUCUUAAAAGAGAAGCCAAAAAUAUCAUAUCAAACUUAUGGCGUAAGGAAUGGCAUUUUCUGACGGACAACAAAUUAAGAGAGAUUAAACCCACCACCGAUAGAUGGAUUAACCCAUCAAACAUAACUAGACAACAAGAAGUAAUUCUAACCCGCUUAAGGAUUGGACACUCCUGGCAUACCCACAAACACCUCAUGGACAAAACAGACUCAGAACCAUGCAUCACCUGCGGAUCCAAUAUCUCCAACAAACAUCUACUUUUAGAAUGCCGCCAAUUUAAUGAAGAAAGAAUUAAACACAACAUUCCAAGUAGCAUUGCCGUAUGUCCCAACAAUGAACCUCAAAAUAUCAACAGUACACUAAGUUUUAUAAGAGACACCAAUUUAUACAAAACCAUUUAA